AUGUAUCAUCUCCAUCCCGUCAAUGCCGCUUUUGCUGCAAGGAUCGCUAGCUCACCUUCUCCGCACGAGACAGGCAACUGCCAACAAGCUUUUGAUAACCUCGAAGAGCUUCAGAAACACAAGCCAGCAGAAGACAUUCAAACAGAGACUCUAGAGGUUAGUGGCAAAUAUGGUCCUACCACUGUUGCCCUGGUCAGAUCAAAAUCUCUAGUCAACAAGUCCCUACCGAUAGUGUUUUAUCUUCAUGGUGGAGGAUAUAUGAUGGGGAGUGCAAAGUCUUUUGCUGUCUUGUUAGAAGACUUGGCUCGGCGAACCGGUGCAACUAUAGUCUUCCCUGAGUACACAAGAGUACCAUAUCAAACGUUUCCCUAUCAAUUUCGCCAGUCAUACGAGGUCCUUGAACACAUAGUGCAACAUGCAAGUCAGCACCAACUUUUGGCUGAAACAAUUGCUCUCGCUGGAGACAGCGCCGGAGCCAGAAUCGGCCACCUCCUUCUAUGGGCCCCCACCACAACGUACGACACAAAACUCCCCUCACACGAGACGUUCAAGAACGCACCCUUUCUUUCACAGGCCUCGAUGAAGUGGAUGCAUGACUCUUUCAUCCCUAACGAAGAGGAUCGUAAAACGCCUCUGGCUUCUCCAUUGGGUUAUAUCCCGGACGAAUUGCUUGCUCAGUUCCCUCCGACUGUACUCUUCCUAUCAACUGUAGACCCGCUUGUGGAUGAGGGCGUGGCUUUUGGUAACAGACUUCAGAAGGCUGGGGUUGAUGCAGCGAUUAUCAAGGCGGAGGGUCAGCUGCAUUCUUUUUGCCUUAUCAAAGAGACCCGAAACGGACCGACCGCACGGGCUGUGAUGGAUCUAGCUGCGGCGAAGUUGAAGACAACUUUUUCAUCGGGCCAUUAG